AUGUCAUUGCAACCGGAUAUGAACAGUCUGCUGCACAACAUGUGUGCACAGAUUCAGGCAUUAACAAAUCAGCUUGCCGAGAUUCAAGCCGCCCCAGCAGCCGAAUCUACGGUUGAGCAAAAGUUCAACAAGAAAGUCGAGAUCAUCGCUGACCCCGGUGCUUUCAAAGGAGAUAGAGCGCGAUUUGCCGAAUGGUGGAUCAAGCUCCAGAUUUGGAUCAAAGUGAACUGGGACGUGUUCGCUGAUGAUUUUGAUGUAGCGACCGCUGUGCUGUCAAGGCUGAAAGGACCAGUGGCGGGUCAAUACACCCAAGUAAGAAUGCAGGAGUGCUACACAGCGGGAGUGUGGCCUACCUGGGAUGAUCUCAAAGUCGAGAUUGAAAAAUACUUCAAACCACAAGCUGAGCGUGACUGGGUGUGUCAGCAAAUCCGUACCUUCAAACAAGGAAACAUGAGGACGGAUGACUUUGUUACCCGGUUCCUGGCCCUCUCCAUCCAAGGGGGUCUAGGGAAUGAACAUGCAGUGGAGUUGCUGGAGCACAAUGUGUCACCGGCCAUUGCCUGA